AUGGCGUCCUCCUCUUCCUCUUUUGUUGUUGUUGCUCCCUCUGUUACAAACUUUCUCACCAUCAAACUAGAUCGCAACAACUAUCCCCUCUGGCAUGCUCAGUUCCUCCCCUUGUUGCGGAGCCACAACCUCUUCUCCUUUGUUAUCGGUGACAAUCAAUGCCUGUCUGCUUUCCUUCUUGACGACAACAACAAAUUUUCAGACAAAGUCAAUCCAUUGUACAGUGAAUGGAUACAAACUGAUCAGAUGAUUCUCUCCUGGAUUACUAGUUCUUUUACUCCCAAGGUUCUUGCUACUAUUGUCAACAAGAUUGAUUCGGCCUCUGCUUGGUCGUCUCUUCAAGAACGAUAUGCCUCUACCUCACAGAACCGUAUUAUUCAGAUACAGACUGAAUUGAUGAAUACCUCCCAUGGUGAUCUUUCUAUUGCUGACUAUCUCGACAAGGUUAACGUUCUUGCCGAUAAUCUUGCUCUCUCAGAAGCCUCAGUUUCUGAGUUAGAUUUAGUUGCCAUUAUUAUGAGCAAGGUUGGUCCUCAAUAUGAGACUACUGUUGCUUCUGCACAAGCUCGUGAUACUCCCAUCACUUACAAUGCUCUAGAAGUUUUACUCCUUAGCACUAAACAACGUCACCAUGCUUUCUCUCUUCCUUCCGAUGUCAACAAUUCUGCGUUUGCUGCUGUGCGUGAUGGCCGUGGUGGAUCAUUUCGGGGUGGUUGCGGUGGUGGCUACGCUCGUGGUAAUGGCUCAUCCCGUACCUACACUGAUGAUUCUUCCUCACCAAUCACCUCUUCCUGUGGCCCACUUUCUUCUUCCAAUGGCAUCUUUAGCCCUGCUUCUGCUUCUAGUGGUUUUUCUCAUGCACCGGCCUUCUCCUCGCCUGUACGUAUUCAGGUUCCUUCAUCUCGUCUUCAUGCUUAUGCAGCUACUCCUCUGUCCCGUGCAUUGCCCACUGCUUCUACUACCUCGAUUGUGCAACAAUGGCUCUUCGACUCUGGCACCAAUUCUCACAUCACCAAUGAUGCGGGACAACUUCACAAUCCUUGUGAGUAUUAUGGAACUGAUCAAAUUCAUGGUGUGCAUGGUGGUCUAGGAUUCAUGGACGGGGAGGAUCCUUUUACAAGGCCCGAGUAA